AUGCCGUGCACGCUGGUGGGCAAGUCUGGAGCCCGGAUUGCUCUGCAAGAUGGACGAGCUGUGAUUCUUGGGCGAGGUCCGGACACCGGAGUGGUCGACAAGAAAUGCUCGAGGCACCAAGUCAAAGUUGUUGCUUGCUAUGCUGACCAGAAUGUGGUUGUUACUCAGCUGGGUCCUAAUCCCAGUUUCCUAGAUGACGAGAAGCUGGGCCGCAACAAGUCUGGUAAACUCGCACAUGGAGGUACUCUGUACCUGGUCAAUCAAUGUCAUCCAUUUACACUCAGCUUCUCGCCAAGCCCCAACGGAACAACCUCCAGCAUGGCAAACAGAGGUAUGAAAGUCACAGAUAAGACAAAGUCAAGGAAAUGCGGGAAAGAAAAAGAGGCUCAGGCGAGCCCGACACCCAAACGCAGCAUAAAGGAUUUCUUUCCCGUCUCUCCCGCAAAGUCAUCUAAAAGGAAGCUGAGCCCAGAGCGGGGCCAUCCUGACGUGAAGCGACAAAGGACAGAUCAGGAGAUUUUAGAUGAAGGAAUGAACGAGGAGGAGGAUGAAGAAAAACUGGUCGAGGAAAAACUACAGAAACUGCAGGAGUUUGCUAGAAAUGCUCUGGUGGAGGAAAGCAAAGUAAUCCAACCAUCCUCCUCUCCAUCCCUGACCAAAGCGUGCACGAAGAGCAGCUGGCAGCAGAUCAGCAACUUGAUGUGUCAUACCUCUGUGGGUGUCAAAGCAAGUAACAAGAUCGCUGGCUUUGAUAUUGAUGGCUGCAUCAUCACCACCAAAUCUGGCAAAGUCUUUCCCACUGGCCCAGACGACUGGAGGAUCCUGUUUCCUGAGAUUCAGCCAAGACUGGCCAGCUUGCUCAAAAAAGGAUACAAGGUGGUGUUCUUCACCAACCAGCUGGGCAUCGCCAGAGGCAAACUGAUACCGGAGGUUUUCAAGUCUAAAGUGGAGGACAUCCUCGCCACGCUGAAGCUGCCCGUACAGGUGUUUGUAGCCACCGGCCCUGGUAUUUACAGGAAACCGGUGACGGGAAUGUGGAAUCACCUUUGUGAAAAGGCAAAUGAUGAUGUGACCGUUGAUAAGAGUCAGAGUUUUUAUGUAGGAGAUGCUGCAGGAAGGCCACCAAACUGGGCUCCUGGAAAGAAAAAGAAAGAUUUCUCUUGCAGUGACCGACUGUUUGCUCUAAACCUUGGGCUGCAGUUUCAUACCCCAGAGGAGUACUUUUUGGGCUGGAAGAGCGCCCCCUACAGCCUCCCUGAAUUUGACCCUAGGAAGCUUGUCUCCAGUGCCAGGCUGUACGACCCACCGUCUGCCUCUCUCACCUCCUCUAAGACAGAAGUCGUUGUUGCCGUGGGUUACCCUGCAUCCGGUAAAUCCACCUUUUUCCACACCCAUAUCAUCCCAAAGGGCUACGUCUACGUUAACAGGGUGAGGUCAUUUUUAAAAACCAACGCCUCCGUCACCGGGAACAGGAACGCCCCAGAGCAUUCGGUCCGAUGUGCCGAUUGCUACAGGAUAUCAGCGGGCUCCACCUCUCUUUUGUUUCAGGACACACUCGGCUCCUGGCAGAACUGCGUGUCGGCGUGCGAGCGCGCUCUGAGGGAGGGCCGCAGCGUCGCCGUGGACAACACCAACCCAGACCCAGAGUCCCGCAAACGUUACGUGGACGUGGCUAAUGCAGCGGGGGUGUCCUGUCGCUGCUUCCUCUUCUCGGCUUCUCUGGAGCAAGCCAAGCACAACAACAGGUUCCGUGAGAUGGUGCCAUCGGAAAGCAAACAUGCCAAAGUCAAUGACAUGAUUUUCUACAGCUACAAGAAAAAUUUUUUGGCUCCCGCUCUUUCCGAGGGAUUCUCCGAGAUCCUCCACAUCCACUUUGUUCCAGACUUUAAAGACAGCGAGUCUGAAACUCUGUUCAGACAGUUCUCAGAGGGCUGA